AUGAAACGAACUGACCUCACUCUCCUAAAAGUAAACGACUAUUUUCGUUUUGACUACUUUUCCAACGGCUGUCUCUCUUUCUUUCUCCUUUUCCUUCUUUGUUCACUUUUUUCUUUCUCUCGCCUUUUUCUUCUUUCUUUUCCUAUUUCUAUUUCUUUCUCUCAACCUUUUCCUCUUUCUUGUCCUAUUUUUAUUUCUUUCACUCGGCCUUUUACUCUUUCUUGUCCUAUUUCUAUUUCAUUCUCGCAAACAUUUCUUCUUUCUUGUCCUAUUUCUAUUUCUUUCUCUCAACCUUUUCCUCUUUCUUGUCCUAUUUUUAUUUCUUUCACUCGGCCUUUUACUCUUUCUUGUCCUAUUUCUAUUUCAUUCUCGCAAACAUUUCUUCUUUCUUGUCCUAUUUCUAUUUCUUUCUCUCAACCUUUUCCUCAGUCUUGUCCUAUUUUUUAUUUUUUCACUCGGCCUUUUUACUCUUUCUUGUCCUAUUUCUAUUUCAUUCUCGCAAACAUUUCUUCUUUCUUGUCCUAUUUCUAUUUCUUUCUCUCAACCUUUUCUUCAGUCUUGUCCUAUUUUUAUUUCUUUCACUCGGCCUUUUACUCUUUCUUGUCCUAUUUCUAUUUCAUUCUCGCAAACAUUUCUUCUUUCUUGUCCUAUUUCUAUUUCUUUCUCUCAACCUUUUCCUCUUUCUUGUCCUAUUUUUAUUUCUUUCACUCGGCCUUUUACUCUUUCUUGUCCUAUUUCUAUUUCAUUCUCGCAAACAUUUCUUUUUUCUUGUCCUAUUUCUAUUUCUUUCUCUCAACCUUUUCCUCUUUCUUGUCCUAUUUUUUAUUUCUUUCACUCGGCCUUUUACUCUUUCUUGUCCUAUUUCUAUUUCAUUCUCGCAAACAUUUCUUCUUUCUUGUCCUAUUUCUAUUUCUUUCUCUCAACCUUUUCCUCAUUCUUGUCCUAUUUUUAUUUCUUUCACUCGGCUUUUUACUCUUUCUUGUCCUAUUUAUAUUUCAUUCUCGCAAACAUUUCUUUUUUCUUGUCCUAUUUCUAUUUCUUGCUCUCAACCUUUUCCUCAUUCUUGUCCUAUUUUUAUUUCUUUCACUCGGCCUUUUACUCUUUCUUGUCCUAUUUCUAUUUCAUUCUCGCAAACAUUUCUUCUUUCUUGUCCUAUUUCUAUUUCUUUCUCUCAACCUUUUCCUCUUUCUUGUCCUAUUUUUAUUUCUUUCACUCGGCCUUUUACUCUUUCUUGUCCUAUUUCUAUUUCAUUCUCGCAAACAUUUCUUCUUUUUCUUGUCCUAUUCCUAUUUCUUUUCUCUCAACCUUUUCCUCUUUCUUAUCCUAUUUUUAUUUCUUUCACUCGGCCUUUUACUCUUUCUUGUCCUAUUUCUAUUUCAUUCUCGCAAACAUUUCUUCUUUCUUGUCCUAUUCCUAUUUCUUUCUCUCAACCUUUUCCUCUUUCUUGUCCUAUUUUUAUUUCUUUCUCUCGAGUUUUUACAACUUUCUUUCCCUCUUUCUCUGUCUUUCCUUCAUUCUCUCUCUCUCUCUUUGUUUCUCUCUAUUUCUAUCUUCAUUUGGCUCUCUUUCUUUCUUUUUUCUCCAUUUCCAUUCUUUUUCCCUCUCCAUUUCUCUUUAAUACUCGCUUCCUCUCACUUUUUUUUCAUUCUUUCUCUUUUUCUCUCUCUUAUUCUUCCGCUCUGUUUUUACUUUCUUUUCCUGUGUUUCUCUCUGUCUUCUAAAUCACAAAAGCAUUUGAAAGGCCACACUUGUAAUUCGUUGGAAUUUCAGCUAUGA